GCACACACACACACACACAACAUACAGAAUAUAUAGUCCAUUUCAUUACUUGAUGUAUUAAUACUUAUGAUAAUUUAUGGAUUUUUGCAGUGCGUUAAAGCUUAAAUAAUUUAUCUCUUAGAUAAGUCAAAUGAAAAGACCCCUCAAAAAAAUUACAAAAUAAAAGUAAUGAAUAAAUGAAACCAUGUGCUUCAUAAAAGGCUUGGCAAUCAUGCCUUCUAACAAGUGCACUCAAAUGGACGCUUGUCUCAUAGUUUUGUUCUAAAAAGUUUGAAUAAAAAAUGCUUAAAAUGCUCUUAUGAUUGACAAUGAAACAGUCAGCUGUGUUUUGCUUAUCUUAUUAGAUACAAGGCCCCUCCCAAUGCCCUGCCCCCCACUUUUUCUUUUCAGUAGUCCACAACUUGGGGAGGUGGAGUUAAACUUUGUAUUCAAAACAGUGUCUUGCUCAGCUUUAAAAAGCCCUGCCAAAACACCAGAUUGCUUGAGUUUUUUUUGGCACACUGUCAACAGCAACCUCAUUAACCAUGAGUCUUUCUGCAAAAGACAAAGAGACGGUGAAGACCUUCUUUGGCAAAGUUGCCCCUCAGGCUGAGGACAUUGGCAACGAGGCCCUGUCAAGGACUCUGUCAGUUUACCCUCAAACGAAGACUUACUUCUCCCACUGGGCAGACCUGAGCGCUGGCUCACCCAAUGUGAGAAAACAUGGGCUGACAGUAAUGAAGGGGGUCCUGACCGCUGUGGAUCUGAUUGAUGAUCUCAAGGCCGGUCUGCUCACCCUCAGCGAGCUGCACGCCUACAUGCUGCGCGUCGACCCCGCUAACUUCAAGAUCAUCAAUCACAAUAUCCUUGUGGUGCUCGCCAUGAUGUUUCCUAAAGACUUCACUCCUGAAGUGCAUGUUUCUGUGGACAAGUUCCUCGCUCUGGUCAGCCUGGCCCUCGCUGAGAAGUACCGCUAAAGUGGACUCUGUAUUCAUUGUACUCGCCUUAAGAGGAUGAAAAUAA